AUGGACCUCCUACUUCCACCUCCUCGAGCUGUCAUUUUCGACCUUGGCGAUGUACUCUUCACCUGGUCCGCCACAACAGCUUCGACCAUUCCAGCUCGACAGCUGAGAGACAUCCUUUCGACACCUAUCUGGUUCGCCUACGAUCGUGGUGAAAUCACUCGAGAUGUUUGCUAUCAGCUGAGUGCUGAGAAAUUCUGUCUUUCGGCAUCCGAAAUUGCAGAAGCGUUUAGACAGGCACGCAAGUCUUUGCAGCCUGAUCCAGCGAUUCUUGCCCUUUUGCGUGAAAUAAACAAGAACCCUACGAUUCAAGUGUAUGUGAUGUCCAAUAUUGGCAAAGAGGACUUUCAGGAUCUUGCAACGAGGAUAGAUUGGUCGCUUUUCAACCAAGUUUUUACCUCUGCGGCUGCUGGCAUGCGGAAGCCGGAGCUCGGGUUCUACAAACAUGUCCUGGAUCAUAUCGGCCUAGCCGGCAAUGAGAUUGUCUUCAUCGAUGAUAAGGAAGAGAACAUUCGCGCCGCACAAGCUUUGGGCAUUCGUGGACACGUAUUUGAGCAUUCGACAAUUCAUGGCGUGGCUUUCGCAGACAACUUCGCAAAACUACUAAUCGCGGACACGCUGCAAAACAAAAACCUCAUCGAUCUCUAUUGGGGAUCCAAGAAGACCUGGAAUUUCUUCAAUGGCGAUGCAGCACUCAUACCGGGAGGACAGUUUCCAGACGACUUAGACACCACAUCCCUCGCUCUACAAGUUCUGCAACCACCAUCCAAGGAAUUAGUGUCAACCCUUCUUAAUGAAAUGGCCGAAUACGCCAACCAGGAUGGAACUUUCCAGGCAGCGCGACAGACGUACUUCGACCGUAUCAAGGUGCGGGAUGACCCCAUCGUGAGCGCAAACAUAUUGGCUUGCUUCUACUCCUAUGGCCGUGGACACGAAUUUCAGGAUACCCUGAAACUUAUGACCCUUGGUCCGCUGUUGAAAUCGAGAGUGAACGAACGCCUCGGUCACAGCGGCAAUGCACUAGAUCUGGCCAUGCGAAUCAUCACCUGCAAGCAGAUGGGCAUUGAAUGCCAAGAGGACCAGCAUACUUUGCUGAGCAUGCAGUGCGAUGACGGAAGCUGGGAACCUGGCUGGAUGUAUCAGUAUGGGUCCACAGGCGUGAAGAUUGGAAAUCGCGGCGUCACUACAGCAAUGGCUGUUGCAGCAUUAUCGAUUCGGGAUGAAUCUGUGUAG